UCUCGCCCGCAGAUUAUUCAACAGCCGGAGACCCCGGCUCCCCCUCCGCCAGAACUUGAGCCGCCUACGCCAAUCCCACAGGAAUACGAGCCUUCUAUUGGCAUGUUAAGUUCGUUAGGGCCGCCGCUAACGCCGGGUGGACUAGGUCCAUUAACACCUGGAACUUUACUGCAGGGCGGCAUCACACCAGGCGGCUUGCAACACGGCGCACUUACACCAGGUGGACUCCAGCAUGGUGGUAUGACACCAGCGGGACUUCCUCAUGGAGAACAACCAGACCUUGGUGGUAUGACGCCUGCGGGACUACAUCAUGGAGGUAUGACGCCGGGACUCGGUCUAGACGGCGGUAUGACGCCGGUCGGCCUCCAUCAUGGCGGCCUCACGCCCGCCGGGUUACAUCACGGCGGUAUGACUCCAGGCGGGUUAGACCAUGGCGGUAUGACACCCGUGGGUCUACAACAUGGCGGUAUGACACCCGCGGGUCUACAACAUGGCGGUAUGACACCUGCGGGUCUACAACAUGGCGGUAUGACGCCGGCGGGAUUACAUCACGGCGGUAUGACGCCGGCGGGGUUACAGCAUGGCGGCAUGACACCAUCAGGAUUACAACACGGAGGCAUGCUACAACAUAGUAUGGAGCAGUUGCCGAUGUUACCUCAGCUAGGCACUGAACCUGCACUGUUGCAACAUAUACCGGAACCUAUGCUACCGCGAGACAUGGCCGAUUACCAGACUGGUAUGGGAAUGACAAAUUUAGGUUACGACGAUCAACAUUUACACGAACAACAUCACAGUCCACAACACGACUACGAUCUCCCACCGACGCCGGAAAAUGCGGAAGAUGGAGAGCGUGAAGCGGGCGAGACAGACGAGCAGUUCGAGGAGCGCGUGUUGAACAGACGCGCGGCGCAGUUAUUCGCCGUGAUGCGACCGAAACUGGCCGUCGGGAUGCAACUCACGUUCACGGAUUUAGCACCUAGACAUAACAACAGGAAGCAGGUAGCACAAAAAUUCUAUAGUUUACUCGUCCUCAAGAAGCAUCAAGUGUUAAAAUUAGAGCAGCACGAAACCUACGGACCUAUCACCAUUAGUAAGGGCAGUCAGUUUGAAACUGAAGCCAUUUAGAUAUGUUAAUACCAUGUUACAUAACUUCUAUUUAUAAUGUAAAGAAUAUUUAAAGUUCCAUAAGUUUAGCAGUAUUGAUCUCGCUAUACUGAUGGAACACGCCUACAAAGCGAAUAUCAGGAUAAUAGUAAUUAGUCCAUAAAAGAUGAGCUAUAUGGUUAUUUGGUGAAGUUUAGCUGUAAUAAUAGAUUUUACGGAACUAGGUUGAGCCAAAUAUAAUUGUGUAAGUUGGCUUUAUGAAUCGAGUUCACAGAAAAUUUUACUUUUUAAAUUUUUGGACCAAAUAAUAUUACGAGUGUUGAUCUCAUAAAAAAAAUAAAUAAACAGAUUAUGUGACAAAACUAAAUUUCUAUGGAUUCGAAUCAUAAGCGAGUGUGCGUACAGCCUUGACUUGAAAUUAUGUUCAAUAAACGUGACUUGUAGGAAAUGCCUUAUUUUUGUUUUGCGGUAGGUUAAAAUCAUGAUAGUUGAUAAAUAUUUACAAUCUUGUAUAUUGCAUAUCAGGGAUGUUCAUAUUGAGUACCUCGCAAGAGUUGUCUAUAGUAGAUACAUUGUAAAUUUGUUGUUGUUGACAGGCUUACAUUAUAUCGGUUAUGGACUAUAUUUGUGUUAAGCGACAUUGUGGCGAAUAUUGACGUGUAUGUAUCAGGAAGCACUAGAUUUUUAUCAUUUCGGCCCAGUUUCUUGGCUUUAGAGCACGUUUUGUUUUAUAUUGCUUUAAUUCGAUAAUAAUCUUGUACAUUUUUUGAGUAGAUUGACUUCAUAGAGACAAGACAAUAGAUAUUUUGAAUGUUUACCCGCUCGUUUGUUAUAGUUGAUGUCGCUUAAAACAUAAAUUACACUUCACUUAAACUUCGCUUGGACAUAUAUCAAAAUACAGCAGUUAUAAUAUGAACAUUUUUACUAAACACAACCAUAGUCUCUUUUAGUGAAAAAAUCAUUUAAUCUGAAACUACUUUUAUAUUCUUUAGAAACUUGUCCCGUAAAUUGCCAUUGCGCUGGAACCUUGUCUAAGAGCCGGUUUUUUGAUCCAUGGUUAACUUAACCAUUUGUUAAAAUCUUCGGCAAAUGGUUAAAUAUCAGAAGAAUAUGUUUUUUAAUCAAUAGUUAGUCUAACCAAUUGUUACAAUUAUUGGUUUUAACUAUUGUUAAAAAAAAAUUACUAUGGCUGGGAGCUAGGUUAAGAUGUACAACUGCGCUGUACCGGUCCCUUGUCAUUGUUUUUUCCGUUGUUUUUAUAACCUACAUAAUUCACAGUGAAUUUGGACAUUAGUUAUUUUUGGGAUUUCGUUUUAUGAUGCAGUUUCAUAAGAAAAUAUUCAUUCUCAUUUUUGGGUUUUUGAAAAUAAGUUAUAUUUUUGUCUUAAUCAUCCUUAGUAUAUUUGUACUAUAUAAAAUCGUUUAUUUUCUUGUUUCUAAGAGUCAAAAUAUUAAAAAAAUCUUAUAAAAUCUACGAGUAGACAAUACAAAAGGUUUAAAUGCCUACAGUAUAUAAAAUACAAAUUCCUUUAUUCUACAAUAUUACAUUCCCGCCUUGAACACUUGAUGCUAUAAUUUUUUUAAGUAUUUUUCUAUAAGAUAAAAAUAAAAUAAAAAAACAUGCUUUUUUAGUCUAAAAUUAUUCCAAAACAAUUUUUAUUUGUUAUUUUCUGAUACAAUUAAGUAAAUUGCCCUUUAUUUCCUGUAAAAUAACACAGUGCGUACAAGACAACAACCAUACAAAUCCACACUGGUAACCUAAAGAUUUCAUUGUUCUAUUUGAUAUUUGGAACAAAAUCCUAAUGUCAAGAAUGAUAUAUAGGAAGCUCCGUUUAUUCAAACCGUCAGUGUUGUCACCCACAAAAACAAAUUACCCAUGUCAAUGUAUAGCGAAAGGACGACUCACUGUGCUGGCAACAUAUUAACCAAUGGUUAACUUUGGUUAUGGUUAAUUUGACAUC